UAACAAAUACAAGUAACUUCUUUAGGAUGCAAAGAAGUAAAGGCCGAUUUACAUCUACCAAGUCCAACCUUGACGAGUCUGCAUCGGCUGAAAUGAGUUGCGAGGUAAAGAGUGAAGAAUCUGCAGAUGGUUUUCAAAAUGGUGUUCAAAAUUUUGCCAAAAAAGUUCGGUAUAAUGUUCGUAGAGAGGUAGCAUUAAGGAUGCAAAGAAAUAAAGGCCGAUUUACAUCUGCCAAGUCCAACAAUGAUGAGUCUGCAUCGGCUGAAAUGAAUUGCGGAACAAGUGAAGGUUUGAUGGCAGACAACGAUGGAUCCCAACAGCAAGACUAUGUUUGUAGGCAUUGUAACAUCAGUGAGAAGUGCACGCCAAAGAUGCGGCGUGGACCUGAAGGGCCAAGAACCCUCUGCAAUGCUUGUGGACUUCUGUGGGCAAAUAAGAUUUGCAGGAAAAAUGGGAGGUAGUAGAAGACUGGCCGCACAACCUAAGGUUAUAUGCAUAAGUUGUUGGUUGGGAUGAUGAAUUUGACGUUGUUAAUGGAAUAAAUACAAUUCCAUCCAAUAUUAAUGGUGGUUGCAACAUACGUGAAAUGAAUGUUUUUCUGAAGCGCUU